ACGAGGUCCAAUUCUCGAUAAAAGUAUCACUCACUUCGAGCUCUUUAAGUAUUAACUAGCAAUCAUUCUUCAAUCGGAAUAAACAUGAUGGCAUUCAAGGUUCUCUUUUUCGUCGCCUUCGUCGUGGCUGCUAUUUUUGCGGCUGAAGAGAAAUCAAACCAGGAUUUAGAAGCAUCUGAGGGACAUUUGCAUGGCUACUACGGUGGGCUCGGCGGAUUAGGCUACGGCGGAUAUGGCGCUUACGGACACGGAUUUGGUGGUUACGGACGUUUCGGUUACGGGCACGGCCUCGGAUUCGGACGCGGAUAUGGACUUUACGGCCGUUAACAUACAUAAACUAAAUGUUUCCCCUUCAUUUUCUUAACGAACAUAACAUUAUUAUAAUGACGGAAUUUUAAUAAACGGAAUUUGGAAAAGCA